AUGCUCGCGAACAAUCCUCCUCAGAAUGGCGCUCUCAACAUGAACAUGGCCGGGCAGCCGCAGCGGCCCUUGCAACAGCCAAUGAACGCUGACCUGCAGUCCCUAAUGAUUCGCGCCAACUUCUUGCGUAAGAAUCCUACGGAACAGAAGAAUCCCAAUGAAUUGGAGAAUCUUAUGAAGUAUAUCCAGGCCCUAAGCCAAAGUCGGCAGCACCAGCAAAUGGUCAAUGGUCAACAAAUGUCGAAUGGGCAUGCGACUCCUCUUCUCAAUGGCAACGCAGCUUCGAAUCCCCCUUCGCUCACUUCAGGCCCAAUUCCCAAUUCGCCGCUGCCACCUACCUCUCAAACACCAAUAUCCUUCACGAACGACCAAAUCACUGCACUACGGGCCCAAAUCCACGCUUUCAAGCUCAUUUCUAGAGGACUUCCUGUCCCAGACAACGUUCAGCAAGCUAUACGCGUUCCGAAUACAGCGGUGCCAGAACUGGAGAAACUGCUUCAAGGGCCCGAUGUGUCGUCGCGGAUUGUGGACAACGCGGUCAAGACUGCGAAGGGAGAGCCUGCACCCGAGCUGGCGAUAGCAAUCAAAGCUGAAGAGCAGGACCCUUCGAUUAACCCGGCGGACUUGCCAAAAGGGCCCUUCCUUGAGGACGACGUCAACUCUGGGAUCUACCCUUACAAUGCCUACCGGCACCCUCUCACGCACCUCAAGCGUCCUGCUGAGAGCGAUCCCAAGCUCUUCAAUACUCGUCUCCAGCGACUUCUUAUCCCGACGUUAAUGCCCCCAGGUCUGGAUGCCCACCAAAUCAUCGACGAACGGGAACGUUUCAUAGAAGCCCGCAUCCAGCAGCGAAUCAAAGAGCUUGAAGUCCUGCCCUCUACCAUUGGGGACGCAGGCUUUGAGGGUGUCGAAGGCAUGGAUGGACUCAAAUCCGAAAAGGAAAAUGAGGACAACGAGGGCUUCGCUCUUAUGCCCUAUAACACUCACGGAAAGUUACGUGCUGUCAUUGAACUCAAGUCCCUCCGACUCCUCGAGAAGCAGCGCGCACUCAGACAGUCAGUUGCUGAACGUCUUGCUCAUGGCUCCAACCUUCCAAUCAAUCGCACGGACUACCGACGUGCCCGUAAACCUACCCUUCGUGAUGCUCGUAUGACGGAGCAACUUGAACGCAGGCAACGGACUGAGCGCGAGAAGCGGGCGAAGCACAAGCACGUCGAGCAGUUGAUGGUCAUCUGCAACCACGGACGCGAAGUUAUUCAAGUCAAUCGUGCUGCCCAGGAUCGCGUCGUGAGGCUUGGAAAGGCCGUUCUAAGCUUCCAUAUACAUACAGAGAAGGAAGAGCAGAAACGUAUCGAGCGUAUAUCCAAGGAGCGUUUGAAGGCCCUUAAGGCUGACGAUGAAGAAGCUUACAUGAAGCUCAUCGACACAGCUAAGGAUACUCGUAUCACACACCUGCUUAGGCAAACGGACACUUUCCUCGACUCCCUUGCUCAGGCCGUCGUAGCCCAACAGGACGAGGGUGGCCCAAGUCUCCCAAUUUAUGGGGAGAUGGAAGACGGACCUACUUCGGAGGCUACUUUUGGUGCACAGGCUUUCGCCGAGACCCAAGACGAGAAGGGCAAGGUUGACUACUAUGCCGUUUCGCACAGAAUCUCGGAGAAGAUAUCGAGGCAACCAUCGAUAUUGGUUGGUGGGACGUUGAAGGAAUACCAGUUGAAGGGUUUGCAAUGGAUGGUCAGUUUGUACAACAAUCGUUUGAACGGUAUCCUCGCCGACGAGAUGGGUCUCGGUAAAACCAUUCAAACCAUCUCACUGAUCACCUUCCUCAUCGAGACAAAACGACAACGCGGGCCGUACCUAGUCAUUGUUCCUCUCUCUACGAUGACCAAUUGGUCUGGAGAAUUCGCGAAGUGGGCCCCAGCAGUGCGGAUGAUUGCCUACAAGGGCAACCCUGCCCAGCGUCGGGCGUUGCAAGGGGACAUUCGCAUGGGACAGUUCCAGGUUUUGCUGACGACGUAUGAGUAUAUUAUCAAGGAUCGCCCAAUUCUCGCAAAGAUCAAAUGGGUUCAUAUGAUCAUCGACGAAGGUCAUCGUCUGAAGAACACGCAGAGUAAACUAGUGCAGACACUCACAACAUUCUACCACUCACGCUAUCGGCUCAUCCUCACGGGUACCCCGCUCCAAAACAACCUCCCGGAGCUGUGGUCCCUCCUCAACUUCGUACUCCCAAAAAUCUUCAACUCCGUGAAAUCGUUCGAUGAAUGGUUCAAUACGCCCUUCGCCAACUCGGGUACGGGCGACAAGAUCGAGCUGAACGAAGAAGAGGCGCUACUCAUUAUUCGGCGUCUGCAUAAGGUGCUGCGGCCGUUCUUGCUGCGUCGUUUGAAGAAGGAUGUGGAGAGCGAGCUGCCGGAUAAGGUGGAGAAGGUGAUCAAGAUUAGAAUGAGUGCCCUACAGAGCCAGCUGUACAAGCAGAUGAAGAAGUUCAAGGUGAUUGCGGAUGGCAAGGAUGGCAAAGGGAAAGGAGGUGUGAAAGGUUUGAGUAACGAGCUGAUGCAGCUCCGAAAGAUCUGUCAGCAUCCGUUCUUGUUCGAGAGCGUUGAAGACAAGAUCAGCCCUAGUGGUCUCAUCGACGAGAAGAUUGUACGAACUUCUGGAAAAGUUGAACUCCUUCACCGUAUCCUACCCAAGUUCUUCGCAACUGGCCACAGAGUCCUCAUCUUCUUCCAAAUGACGAAGGUCAUGGACAUCAUGGAAGAUUUCUUGAAGAUGAUGGGCUGGAAAUACCUUCGUCUUGAUGGUGGUACGAAAACCGAAGAGCGUGCCUCAUACGUGCAGCUCUUCAAUGCCAAGGAGUCGGAAAUCAAGGUCUUCAUUCUGUCCACUCGUGCUGGUGGCCUCGGUCUAAAUUUGCAAACGGCCGACACCGUCAUCAUCUUCGACAGUGAUUGGAAUCCCCAUGCCGAUCUCCAAGCACAAGAUCGUGCCCAUCGUAUUGGUCAAACAAAAGCCGUCCUAAUUUUGCGGUUCAUCACGGAGAAGAGUGUCGAGGAAGCCAUGUACUCUCGCGCAAGAUAUAAGCUCGAUAUUGAUGAUAAGGUCAUUCAAGCCGGUCGUUUCGACAACAAAUCUACUCAGGAGGAGCAAGAGGAAUUUCUGCGCUCUAUUCUCGAAGCCGAUCAAGAAGAAGAGAACGAAGAAGCCGGUGAUAUGAACGACGAUGAACUGAAUCUGAUAAUCUCUCGUAGCGAUGAAGAAGCACAACUGUACCGCGAAAUGGACAACCAACGCGAACGUGAGGCUCUGGAGAAUUGGCGCGCCCAGGGUAACAGAGGCAAACCACCCCCUCCACUCAUCCAACUCGAGGAAUUGCCGGAGUGCUACCAGACGGAAGAACCCUUCGAAGUCAAGGAGAUCGAGGAGCUCGCUGAAGGUAGAGGUCAGCGGCGUCGUAAUGUGGUCAGCUAUAAUGAUGGGUUGGACGACGAUACUUGGGCAAUGGCUCUCGAGGACGGGGAGGACCUUCAGGAACUGUCUGAGAGAACCAGGGAGAAACGCAGCAACAAACUACUGCGCGAUCCUGACACCUCUGCUCGCGGAACUCCAGCAUCGGACAUUGACUCCCGCGGGAAAAGAGGCCGGAAGGGCAAAACAAAGGCCGUCCAAAACGACUACGAGCUUCCUGCUGGUGGCAAGCGCAAGCGUGGUCCUGGAAAAGCAAUGUCUGUCACGCCUUCCGUGCAGGACGAGGAUGAAGACGAUCGUGAUCAGAAACGCCGCAAAACGAAGGCUCCUGAUGUACCUGCCGCUGUCCGUGACAAGAUGAAGAAGGCAUUUAACGAAUGUCUCAAAGCUGUCAUCAAUUGCGAAGAUGAUACCGGUCGUCGGCGCUGCGAACUCUUCAAAGACCUGCCUGACAAACGCGACUACCCCGACUACUACCAGCUCAUUCAUCGACCCAUCGCCAUUGCACAGCUCCGCAAAAAAAUCAAUUCAGGCCAGUAUAAGACGGUACAGAUGUUCAAGGACGAUUGGCAACUCAUGUUCAACAAUGCUCGAACCUACAAUCAGGAAGGCUCGUGGGUGUAUGUUGAUGCUGAGGAGAUGGAGAAGGUCUUCAAAGCUUCAUUUGACCGGGUCAUGGUUGGUUCUGGCUUCCCUGGUGCGCCGGAAGCUGGAAGCGGCAGUAAUGGUUUGGCUGACAUGUACGAGGCUGCGCUGACGCCGAUGGACGAUGAUGAUCGGCCCCCACCACCCACGAGAGGCCGCAGCGCUGGGCGAAAGCAGAUCGUCAGUGAAGACGAGUAUCUUACUCCGAGUGACGAUGAAUAG